AAACUGUAUGGGAAAAUCAGCAAGCAAAGAAGAGAAGACUUGGUUUAAGGUACAGAAAGAAAAGACCAAACUUAUGUACUCCAAAUGAUCAAAGAUAGAGUCAGCCCUUAUUGGUAACAACGAGGCUGGCAAAACCACCUUCAUUAGAAGGCUAACAAAUGAUGAGUACGAUCCUGACUAUGAAGAGACCAUAAUCACUCAGAUGGGAGUCAAGCUAAUAGAUUUCAAGGACAAACUUGACUUUCCAAUGUACCUCAGACUUAUAGAUACGCCCGGGAAUGCAGUCUCUUUCCUGAAGGACGAGCAAUCAGUCUUCGAGAAUCUUGACAUCGCAUUUGUAGUUCUGGAUGGCUCAAAAGUAAUUCACAAGGAGCAUGUUAUCUCUGUCAACAAUUAUGUAAUUCAACGGCUCAGGACGUACAACAAGAAGGUCAUUGAAAAAGAGAAGAAAAGCUCUGAAUAUAAGAACUACUUAUGAAAACUACUGGAUGAAGAGUCCACAGGUUCUGGAAAUUUGAUUCCUCCAGAUGAGAUGUAUGGGUCAGUUCAAGAUGAUCUCUUAAUGCCACCAAGAGCUAGGCUAGAUAUAGACGAUAGGAGCGAAGACCCUGAUAACUCCUUUAAUAACGAUCAUUCUGAAGUGAAUCAUGGAAUGUCUCAGCACACCAUUGUAAAUCUUAGACAGGAUACUUAUAAAAGCAGAGACGAGGAGAAUAAGCAAGAUGCUGAUGAUAUUGUAAAUCUCUACAGAAACAAAAAGAUAAAAAUUGCAAUGUUCCCAGCUGUAUUCCACAUAAUCACCAAGAAAGACAUGCUUUCUGAUGAAGGUUUGGAGGACCAGAGAGACAGAGCAGCAGCCCUCAAAGCUGAAGGAAUCAUCGAUGAAUAUUUCUUUAUCUCAUCAAAAGACGUGGAUGAAGUUAACGGAAUUUUUGAACUCCUUGAGGGCAUCAAUGAUAGAAGAAUGGAGGUAAUGAGACAAGAAAGAGAUGAGAAAGACUCUCAGAUAUCAUCUAAGGGCAAAUAAUCCUCCUCUUUUAUAUAGCUG